AUGGCCAAAAGGGUGAAUUUGCAAUCAAAAAGUUGGUUCAAACCCGACAAAGAGGGUGAGGUCAUCCAAUACACAGGGCUCUCUCAGUCUGCUAUUCGGGAGAUGGCUCUUUGCUCCGAGCUAGACCAUCCAAAUGUGGUUCAAUUAGCAGAAAUCAUUCUAGAAGAUAAGUGCAUCUUCAUGGUCUUUGAAUACACAGAGCACGAUCUUCUUCAGAUUAUCCAUCACCAUACUCAACCACAGCGACAUCCUAUACCGGCUCCUAUGGUGAGGUCGAUCUUGUUUCAGCUACUCAACGGCUUACUGUAUCUUCACACAAAUUGGGUUCUGCACCGAGAUUUAAAGCCCGCAAAUAUCCUCGUGACAUCCAGUGGGGCCAUUCGUAUUGGAGAUUUGGGGCUUGCACGACUGUUUUACAAGCCACUGAAUUCGCUUUUUUCCGGCGAUAAGGUUGUUGUUACCAUCUGGUACCGUGCCCCGGAAUUGCUCAUGGGUAGUCGGCACUAUACUCCUGCUGUCGACCUUUGGGCUGUUGGUUGUAUCUUUGCAGAACUACUAUCUCUUCGUCCGAUUUUCAAAGGAGAAGAAGCCAAAAUGGACAGCAAGAAGACAGUUCCAUUUCAACGAAAUCAGAUGAUGAAGAUUAUCGAUAUCAUGGGUUUACCUCAUAAAGAGAAUUGGCCUGGUAUCGUCUCAAUGCCUGAAUAUUCCCAACUUCAGUCCCUGGCUAUGUCCCGUGCGCCCAAUCAUUUUAGCAGGUCAUCGAAUCUCGAAAGUUGGUACCAGAGUUGUCUGAAGAAUGGUGGAUAUUCUUCGGCAUCUAGCGUGGGGACUCCGGGUGCGGAUGGCUUUGAUCUGUUAUCGCGUUUACUCGACUACGAUCCAACCAAGAGAAUCACUGCUAGCGAAGCUUUAGAGCAUCCUUACUUCAAGAACGGUGGACCCAUUCCAUCUAAUUGCUUCGCAGGAUCGGAGGGCAAGUACCCCCACCGACGUGUUACUCAGGAUGACAAUGAUAUCCGAUCCGGAAGCCUCCCAGGAACCAAACGAAGCGGACUUCCCGACGAUAGUCUGAUGGGCCGCGCUACGAAGCGCCUGAAGGAGUAA